AUAAGAAGCUUUUAAGAAAAUGUCAAGAUUUUCAGUAGUUGAUGCUACGUCCCAGUCUACAAAUUCCACACCCCAAGUUAUUCGGCGCUGCGCCAAUUUUCAUCCUAGCAUUUGGGGGAACCAUUUCCUCGCAUAUGCCUCUACACCACUGAAAGUUGAUAGUGAUACGGAGCAACAGGUUCAGAAACUUAAAGAUGAAGUGGAGAAGAUGCUAACUGGUGUUUCAUACAAUCCGUCAGAAAAGCUACAACUGGUUGAUGAUAUCCAACGAUUGGGUUUGUCUUACCACUUUCAUGGCCAAAUUUAUGAAAUUCUGCGAGAUAUUCACAAAAUCAGCAUUCACAGUAGUAUCCACAAUUCUGAUCUAUAUACGGUAUCUCUGUGGUUUCGGUUACUCAGACAAGCAGGUUUCAAUAUGUCAAGUGAUGUAUUCGAGAAGUUCACCAACAAGGAAGGGAAGUUCAAUAAAGCCCUGGCUAGUGAUGCUAAGGGAAUGUUGAGCUUAUAUGAAGCAGCACAUUUGCGGGUGCAUGGAGAGCAAAUACUAGAAGAGGCACUCACAUUCACUGCCACUCAUCUUUCAUCAUCAUCCUUGACAUUGACAACAACCAAGUUGAGUCCUUCUCUUGCUGCACAGAUCAAGCAUGCCUUAAGUCAGCCCAUUUGGAAAACCAUCCCAAGGGCUGAGGCAAGACACUUCAUUUCUCUCUACCAACAAGACCCUUCGCAUGGUGAAGCUCUGCUAACUCUCGCCAAGAUGGAUUUCAACAUUUUACAAAGAAUGCACCAGAAGGAACUUGCCCAUAUAACAAAGUGGUGGAAAGAUUUGGACUUUGUAACAAAAUUACCUUUUGCACGAGAUCGGGUAGUAGAGGGUUACUUUUGGAGUUUGGGAGUAUAUUAUGAGCCCCAAUACUCCCUUGCUAGAAAAUUAUUCACCAAAGUAAUUGUCAUGUCUUCGAUAAUUGAUGAUAUAUAUGACGUUCAUGGAACACAUGAUGAGCUCCUACUCUUCACGGAUGCAAUUGAAAGAUGGGAUUUGAGCAGCAUGGAUCAGCUACCAAACUACAUGAGGUAUUGUUACGAGGAACUCUUAAAUGUGUACAAAGAAAUCGAGGAGGUGAUGACCAAGGAAGGAAGAGAAUACCGAGUAGACUAUGCCAUAGAAGAAAUGAAAAAACUAGUCCGAGUCUACCUGGUUGAAUCCAAAUGGUUCUCUAACAAUUACACACCCACACUGGAGGAGUAUCUGGCAAUCGGAUUACGAAGCUGUGGUUACUCAAUGCUUACAAUCACAUCUUUCCUUGGCAUGGGAGAUGUUGUAACCAAGGAGGGCUUUGAUUGGAUUUCAGAAUGGCCUAGGAUUUUGCAAGCUUCAUGUAUCAUUUGCAGGUUCACGGAUGACGUAGUUGGCCACAAGUUUGAGCAGGAAAGAGGACAUGUGGCCUCCAGCGUGGAAUGCUAUGUGAAGCAACACGGUGUUUCAGAGAAUGAGGCCUACGUUGAACUUCGUAAGAGAAUUGUGGAAGCGUGGAAGGAUAUAAAUGAGGAGUGGGUUGAACCAAGAGAUAUGCCAAUGACCCUCCUUGAGCGUGUAAUCAAUCUUGCACGUAUGAUGGAUCUUCUUUACAAGGAUUCUGAUGGAUACACCCAUUCUGGAGGAACCACCAAAAAGAUUAUUACAUCAUUGCUAGUAGAUCCUAUACCUAUAUAAUUGGCAUUGAUUGUGGUUUCUUUAAAAAAGAAAAAAGAAAAAAAAAAAAAGGUAUGGAAAGUUUGGUUAGAAGUUCGAGUGGAUUAGAAAUAGAUGAGCAUUGCCUGGGCAGCUAAAGCAUGUAAAUCUUUCAAUAUAACAGUGCCCGAGGAUUGAUCAGUUAUUUGUGCUUUAAAAGAUGAUGGAUUCACGGUUUAAAACACCUGCAAAAUCAAAGAAAACUGUGCGAGAGAAGCACACCGUGAAUACAAACCUAUUUUCCCCCUUU